UAGAAAAUACAAGGGAAGCGAUGCAUCCACCGCUUCUUAUGACGUCACGCCACUGGAUUUAACUUUUAACUGGUUUCAUCACAAAAUGAUUAUUGAUGACAAUGUGUGAAAUUCCAUUUAAUCCAUGCAAGGUGUGAUUACCAGAGCCCCUUCGGCCGCCAAUUUAAAGCGUUUUAAACUUUAAAAUUGGCGUUUCCACUUCCCGGAACGAGGACCCAGGGGUUGGAUUUGUAGGAAGCGAGUGUUGGAGUUGUUUCAUUGUGUCGAAUUACACAGAACGAGGCGCCUUGACGUGUAACUUCGGCCGCAACUCGCUAAUAAAAAUAUAUAAUUAAGAUUCAGAGAAAUACAGAUCCUAACUCUAUGCAGAGAUGUUACAAUUUUUAAAGUUUACUUUUAAUAUUAAAAUUCUGUGUAAGAAACGAAUUGUAGUGUAAAAUUAAAAUAAAUAAAUAUAUAUUAUUAUUAAUUUUUCACGUCGAAUUAAAUUACAUAUUUUGAAAGUUGUACAUUUUGUUCGAAGAUUAGAGAGGGCGUUGGAUUUUGAUUACGAUGGAGGAGCAGGAAGGAAAGAAAGAGGUUGAGAUUACGAAACAAUUGUUUACAUAUCCUCUUGUUAAACAAUCAGAUAUGGAAGAAGACAUGCAAUCAGAAGCACUGGAUUUGUGUGUUACAGCAUGUGAGAAGUACACCAAUAAUGAGGCAGCUGCAAAAUUAAUAAAAGAAUCAAUGGAUAAAAAAUAUGGCCCAUCUUGGCAUGCUGUAGUUGGUAAAAACUUUGGAAUGGAAUUAACUUACAAAUUGCAAACACUCUUAUAUAUGUUUACUGGUGGAACAACAGCUGUGUGUUUAUGGAAGUGUCCGUAAUUAUACAAAACAGUAUUAUUUAUUUUAACUAAAACUAAUUCAAAAUUUAGUUUUAUUUUAAACUUGAUUUGAUACAAAUACUUGAAGUAUUUUAUUACCAGGUUUAAAAUUGGAUUUAAUCCAAAAUUAUUUGUUUAUUAUAUAUACUACAGUAAUGUUAUUAAAGAAAAAUCCAUCCAAAUAUUAACACUAAAGUUGUGAUUUUUGGUAGUUUGCUCAAUAUUUUAUUAUAUAAAAUCUUUGAAUGUAACUACAAUAUUGUUUACAUAACUUAUUUGAAUGCUAUGCAAAUCUAUUUUCUUUAUAUUUUUUUAAACUUUAAUAACUGUGAUAUUUAUUAAAAACAUUCCAAAUAUUACCGUAAAUUAUAUAUAUAUAUACAUCCUUGUGUAUGAACAUGUUAUU